CGCGGCGGCGGGGGGAGGUCACGUGACGGGCCGGGGCGAUGCGGUGGCGGCUGCUGUGGGCGCUGUGCGCCUGCUGCUGGGGCUGCGCCUGGGGCAAGACGCUGCGGGGCGGCUUCGUCAGCUCGGCCGCCCGCCUGCAGCCCUGGCGGCCCCUGGCACGCUUCCAGUUCCACGGUGACCAUGCUGUUCUGUGUGUCAGAAUCAACAACGUAGCAGUAGCUGUGACAAAAGAAGCUAGACUUCACCUGUUUCAAGCACAGGAAUGGCUGAAGCUGCAGAACAGUAUCCAAGAUCACAGCUGUACAGAGAAAUUCUCUAAAGCACAACUGACAAUGACUGUGAACCACACAGAGCAAAAUCUGACAGUGUCCCAGAUUCCUUAUCCGGAAACAUGGUAUGUGUUUUAUGUAGACAAGUUUACCUGCGAAGAGAAUUAUUCUGAAACCGAGGAUAUUCAGUUUGAAAUGGUCUUACUAAACCCAGAUGCAGAAGGGAAUCCAUUAGAUCACUUUAGCGCAGGGGAAUCUGGAUUACAUGAAUUCUUUUUCCUGCUUGUUCUAGCAUACUUCUUAACUGCUUGCAUAUAUGCACAGUCCCUGUGGCAAACAAUUAAGAAGCGUGGACCUAUGCAUACUGUACUAAAGGUGCUAUCAAUUGCAUUAUUGUUGCAGGCUGGUUCAGCUUUUGCCAACUACCUCCAUUUCUCAAGUUAUUCUAAGGAUGGGAUAGGAGCACCUUUUAUGGGAACUCUGGCAGAAUUGUGUGACAUAGUCUCUCAGAUACAAAUGCUAUAUUUAUUGUUGAGUCUGUGCAUGGGUUGGACAAUAGGCAGAAUGAAGAAAUCUCAUAGCAGACCUCUUCAAUGGGAUUCCACUCCAGCAUCUACUGGCAUUGCUGUAGUAGUUGUUGUUACACAGAGCCUUUUAUUAAUUUGGGAACAGUUUGAAGAUACUAAUCACCACAGCUACCAUUCACACCAUGGCUUAGCAAGUGGACUGCUUAUUGGCCUCAGAGUUUGCCUAGCUUUGUCUCUGGCUGCUGGUCUUUACCAGAUCAUCACGGUGGAGAGAAGCACACUGAAAAGGGAGUUCUAUAUCACCUUUGCCAAAGCCUGCAUUCUCUGGUUUUUGUGCCACCCAUGUCUUGCAACCGUUUCUGUAAUAUUCAGAGAAUAUCAAAGAGAAAAGAUUAUUACCAUAGGUGUUAUCCUCUGUCAGUGCAUCUCCAUGGUUAUCCUCUACAGACUUUUUCUCUCUCAUAGUCUAUAUUGGGAAGUAUCUUCACUAUCAUCAGUGACAUUGCCACUAACAGUAUCCUCUGGACAUAAAAAUCGACAUCACUUCUGAGAUGUUUAGGAAGAACACGUUAUGUAAUAAAUGUGCAAUAAUGACCCAAAUAUACAGGUAUUUUUGUCACAGGUAUGUGAUACAUCGGUGUCACUGGAAAACUGGUUGGUGAUAUCAGAGCACUUCACAGACCUGUGGUCUGACACAGUCCUUAGAUUAAUAUGUUACAAGUAUUGUUGAGUGGGAAAAAUCCAUAAUUUGAAUAACUUCCUGAAGAUGGUUUGUGGGUAGCACAUGGUGCUGAGCCAUGUCGCAGAAAAGUACAAUAAUUUUUUUCUCUCCCAUUUACAGCCACAAAAAAAUAUCCCUUCUUUAUAUCAAUACUAAGUUUGAAGGUCUUAUAAAAUGCAGUUCUUAAAAUGUCGACAAGCUCAAACAAGUCUGAAAUAGGCCAGUUGUGAAAUUGGUGUGAUGCAUAACGACGAAUACAAGUUCUUUUAUUUUUGUGCUUUGGAAAAAAAUACAUUUUAUGUAUAGGGAUAAAAGAAGGGGAAACAAAAGAGGGAGAGUCCACUGAAAACUUAUAUGUGUUUACAACUAACCGUGGGAAUUUUUUCUUUAGUAUUGGUGUAAAAGAAAAGCAUUUUUUGCAAUUACUGUUCAUAUUGGUUAGAAUUUUAAUGGGAAUGGAAAUAGAGUUUAUAUUUUCCUUUUUUUGAAAUAAAUGUAACUAAAAAUUUCACCCAGUAAAGUUCUAAACAAUAUUUGAGGCUUAGAAGAUAUAGCAACAUAAAGGUAAUUAAAACAGCAGGCUUGCAAAAAAAAGGCAAAGAAAAUGGAAUGGGUGAUGUGGUACUAGAAUUUUAAUCCUGAUAUAAUUCAUUUCUCUUACAUUGAGGAUUCAAUCAUAAUUAAGCCAUAUACACAGAUUAAAUUAACAGAAGCAUUUCAAAUAAAUGUUGGUUUCAGUCAUCAACUACCCAUGAAUUCCUGCCCAAGGAUACUUAAUCAGGAUUAAAUUUUCUAUGAAUAAUUGAAAAACAAAAUACUCACUGGAUUUGUUAUAAUCCAUGUUGGCACUGGGUUCUAAGUAGUUGCCAUCUUCCAUCCAUUGUAAUAAAGCCAUACUACUUUGUGAUGCCCUAGCAUUCAGAAAGCCAGUGUAAAUAUAUACUUUAUUGAAGUGCCUAUUUAUUGAGUAUGAUGAAAUCGUGCUGACAUUUUUUCCUUCGUAAUAAGAACAUACCUAUUACCAUUGUGACUGCAAUUGUUCUUUUGGGGUUUACUUUAUUAUUUUUCAUAUUUUAGACUUCUUGCCAUACAUGCGUGUUUCUUCACAACAACGAUUUUAUUUUCUAGUAAACAAAUGUUUGUUUCUUCUUAAUAGUAUGUAUUUAAUUAUUCCUCGUUGAAAAUGUGAAGACACCAGGGUUCUAGCUUUAAAAUAGCCCUAACUUUUCCAUGUGUGUUUGCCUCAGCUGUGAGCAUAGUUGAAACAUAAGUCUAUUCCAUUUCAGUUUAGAGGUGAAAGUAGACAUUUGCCUUUGACUAAGGCAAAAUGGCAACAUGACAGAGUUGCUCAUUAAAUCAUCUCCUUUCUUAUUGUUUGUAAUUCAGAUCAAGAAUGGCAGGUUGAGGCUGGAAAAGAUGAGAUAUUAUGAUUUCACACAAUCUUCAGAGUGAUUAAAAGAUUAAUUAUUACAUUCCUCUGAUAACCACACAAAAAUAUUAUUGGUUAAAACUUCAGUCUUUAUUUCCCUGCUUAUCUCUGUACUUUUCAUCUUCUCAAGAAAAAAGCAUCCUGUUUUUGAUAAGUCUCCAAUAAUGCAGUAGAAGAGUUCUAUCUGUCCUCAUGUAUAAGACAUGAAAUUCACACAUAAAAUAGAAUUUUCUGCUAGACACAAGAGCUACUUUAUAGUUUAUGAUCUGUCAUGAUAAAAGUUUUAACCUAUGCAGAAAAAUUGCAUGUGACUUUCAGAAUAGGCACUCUAUUUAUUUUAUUCUCCAGAAGUACUUUCUUACUUCCUGUAGUCCCUCUGACUUCAAUCUGUCAGUGUUAAGGUAAAUGAUAUCUUAAUUUCACCUUUUAAGUAUACCCUACAACAAUUCAUAAAAUGAAUUCAGAAUUCAUAGUUCAUCUGGGUAUAAAUAAAAAGCAUCAGAUGUUGUCUCGUAAUCUUUUCCAGAUUGCCCCGUAAGUCAACAGGUAACAUUAUCCUCUAGUCUGGCAUUGGAUCCAAUGAUUUGAAAAUAAAAUUUUGAUUUUAUUAUUAAUGUAACUGUAGCAAUUAAGUAUCACUUUCUCAUGGUAAGCUGUACCGCGGACAGGCAUUUCUGCUCAGGUCUGUUAGUGUUCUUUCAUAACCAACAUCCACUGAUGUUCUGUUACUAAAUCACUAAUGCAUGCUGUAGCAGAAGGUCAGUAUGACUGUGGUAAUUUUCAAGAUGUCAGUUAAUUCGGUAUGUGAUAUCCACAGGGGUGGGGUGGCUGGAGUCUUGAAAUACGACCUAUUUACAAAACUUCUUGCUUACCCUAUACUCUGGCUUGAAGUUUACUGCCUGAAGAAUGGUUUGAAUAUGUGAACUUCUCCCUGCUUCCUAACUUACAUUUUUAAUGAGACCAAUUGAUAAAACCUUGUGUUUUUUUCAUGCUUAUUCACAUACUGACCCAUUAAACCAUUUUGGUUUCAUAACCUCAUUUUAGGAGAAUAGCUUCCAGAGCUUCCAGGCUUCUUUUAGGUGUCUUCAGUCAGUGCAUCCUGCCUGAAAAACUUUCUCUUUUUUCUAAGCCAUGCUUUCCAUCACACAUAAAAAAAAUAAAAAUAAAAAUAAAAAAAAAAAAAAAAAGUUCUGUGUUGCCAAUCUGCAGCUCUGGCUGAUCUGAGCAACUCAUGAUGCACCCACCUCAGCUACACACCAGAUAACAGCAGUGGACAAAAGCACUCCUUUAGAAUGCCCGUAGCCCCAGCGUGUAAAUGGCAUGGUUUUGUGCCAGCUGAAAGCGGCCACGGACCCAGGGAGCUCUCAGCAGGAGGGCUGUAGCCAGCUUGCAGACUCCCUGCCACCUCGCCCGCUGCAAAGAGAGAGAAACACAUUGCGUGUGAAGGCAGCGCUACCAGCUGCUGACCGUGCUGAACACAACUAUUUAGCUGGGGUUGAAUGGCAGCUUCGUACUUGUUAGUUUUUGUGCAUUGCGUGGUUCUGUUUUAAAUAAAGUUGCAGAUAGAGGGUAUACUAAUUCCAUUGUCUGUGAGUUUCGGUGCUUGGAAAAGAUAAGUAUACAUUGACAAGAUUGCAAACCAAAGUUGUUUGUGCUCUGAAGAAAUUCACUUCAAUGCAUGAGGGGAUGUUUCCUUGCCAGUCAUUGCCUUUUCUACUGGCACAGAUGCCAGUUAGUGUCAAUUCUGAUUUAUUGGCUGGGGGGAGGAUCGUUGUUCAGGAGGAAUGAGAGUGAGAUCAGCAAUUCAGCCUCCGAGACCCCCCACAUGCUGCAAGGAGUGGUAAUCUUGCAUGGCUCCCAACCCGGGCUGGAUUGGAACCAGUGAUGUAGAGGUUGGAACAAUGCUUGAGCUCAUCCCCUAAGCUAUUCGCUCCCAUUCCGUGUAGGGUAUGUUGAUUGUACUUUUAUUUAAAGUGCUUCAGGUAGGAAAAAUGAAUAUUUACAAUUAAGUAUAUGUAAAUGGAAGUGGAAAGGCUUGAUUGGAAAAAUAUCAAGUUUCUAAUACAUAUUACUAUACUAAGGCCUCCCACACAAGACAAACAUUUUUAGUCAGACCUAAUAAAUAUUCCUUUCUGGUUCCAGUGCUAAUGGAGAGCCACAGAGGUAUCAAAAUCUUUUUGUUUGCAUCUCCGUCCUCUACAGAACUGGAAGACUGUUUCAUUCGGUUUGGUUCUGGUUUAUUCUGUGUGAUGCCAUGCCUCUGCUCGACACUUUUUACAGAUUGCUAUAAAUGUUGGCUGGGCUGGCUAAAACCGAUUAUUAUGUUGUACCUUGUAACUCUUUUUGUGUGACUAUGCAAUGUACAAGGGGCAGGUGAUCCUUGCGAAUGUCAAACAUUAAAAGAAAAUAUUAAGCUGUU